UCAGAAAUGAUUUGGUUACCUACCUUACCGUAUAUACUUAUCCUUCUAGGAGUCUUAUAUGACUCGACAUCCGCACAGACAACUGCAAAUGGCGGAAUAAACAGAGUAUUCGAAAAUCCUUCCAUCGCUAAAACAUUUCUUCAGUGCCUGAAAUCAAGCAUAAAAUCUUCAAAGGUCUUUCCAUCCCAAGAAGAAGAUGACAUAGAUUCUAUUGCAGGUGUAAUUCUCUCUGCUGUCUCAAAUUCAAACUCCGUUUCCUCAGCUAGAGCAGAAGCUUUAAGUACAGCACUAGCAUCAUCAUUAGCAGAUCUCGUAAUGUCAGAAAAUAAUAACCAAGAAUAUGCAAAACAGAUGUCUGCAUUAUCCGCAAUACUUUCAAACUGUUUCGUCCAAACAACAGGAAAUUCCAACAAUCAAUUCAUAUCACGUAUCAACAGAUUAGUAAAACUCCUAGAUGAUGGAGCAAAAAAUAUUCAAGUAAAUAUCAUACCUGACCAAGGAAACUACGCUUCAAUUCAACAAUCUGGAUACCUCGCACAAUCAGAAAAAUUAAAUGCAUUUGGAAACACAAAAGCGGUUUCCUCUAAUAGUGCUUCAUCUAGAGCAGACGCCAGUGCAUCCGCUUUCGCUCAGUCGUCAGCAACAUCUCUCGCAUCGUCUAGCUCAUUCGCAAGGGUCUUCUCCUCAGCCUCAUCUGCAGCAGCUGCUGGAAGUAUCGCUUAUCAAGCCGGUUUGCUCGUAGCACAGAAUCUGGGAAUCGGCAAUGCCGUCGGCCUCGCCAGUGCUUUGUCCCAAGCUGUCAGUUCGGUUGGCGUCGGAGCAAGUGCGAGUGCCUACGCGAAUGCUGUUGCCAAUACAGUUGGCCACUUUUUGGCAAACCGAGGAAUUUUAACGCAAGGUAAUGCUUCUGGACUUGCCUCAGCAUUCUCAAACGCUUUCGCCUCCUCAGCCGCAUCGGCAGCUGCAUCUGUCUCUGCAGCAAGCUCAGCCUUCUCGCAAUCAGCAGCCGCCGCACAGUCCGCAUCGUCGGCUUUCGCCCAGUCAGCAUCUCAAGCUGCCAGCCAGGCAGGGUCUCGUUCUACAACCACCACUACGUCCACUUCGCAGGCAGCUAGCCAAGCCGCGUCCGCCAGUAGUGCUUCAUCUAGAGCUGAAGCCAGUGCAUUCGCUUUCGCUCAGUCGUCAGCAACAUCUCUCGCAUCGUCUAGCUCAUUCGCAAGGGUCUUCUCCUCAGCCUCAUCUGCAGCAGCUGCUGGAAGUAUCGCUUAUCAAGGCGGUUUGCUCGCAGCACAGAAUCUCGGAAUCGGUAAUGCAGUCGGCCUCGCCAGUGCUUUGUCCCAAGCUGUCAGUUCGGUUGGUGUCGGAGCAAGUGCAACCGCCUACGCAAAUGCUGUUGCCAAUACAGUUGGCCACUUUUUGGCAAACCAAGGAAUUUUAACGCAAAGUAAUGCUUCUGGACUUGCCUCAGCAUUCUCAAACGCUUUCGCCUCCUCAGCCGCAUCGGCAGCUGCAUCUGUCUCUGCAGCAAGCUCAGCCUUCUCGCAAUCAGCAGCCGCCGCACAGUCCGCAUCGUCGGCUUUCUCCCAGUCAGCAUCUCAAGCUGCCAGCCAGGCAGGGUCUCGUUCUACAACCACCACUACGUCCACUUCGCAGGCAGCUAGCCAAGCCGCGUCCGCCAGUAGUGCUUCAUCUAGAGCAGAAGCCAGUGCAUCCGCUUUCGCUCAGUCGUCAGCAACAUCUCUCGCAUCGUCUAGCUCAUUCGCAAGGGUCUUCUCCUCAGCCUCAUCUGCAGCAGCUGCUGGAAGUAUCGCUUAUCAAGGCGGUUUGCUCGCAGCACAAAAUCUCGGAAUCGGCAAUGCCGUCGGCCUCGCCAGUGCUUUGUCCCAAGCUGUCAGUUCGGUUGGUGUCGGAGCAAGUGCAACCGCCUACGCAAAUGCUGUUGCCAAUACAGUUGGCCACUUUUUGGCAAACCAAGGACUUUUAACGCAAGGUAAUGCUUCUGGACUUGCCUCAGCAUUCUCAAACGCUUUCGCCUCCUCAGCCGCAUCGGCAGCAGCAUCUGUCUCUGCAGCAAGCUCAGCCUUCUCGCAAUCAGCAGCCGCCGCACAGUCCACAUCAUCGGCGUUCGCCCAGUCAGCAUCUCAAGCUGCAAGCCAGGCAGGGUCUCGUUCUACAACCACCACUACGUCCACUUCGCAGGCAGCUAGCCAAGCCGCGUCAGCCAGUAGUGCUUCUUCUAGAGCAGAAGCCAGUGCAUCCGCUUUCGCUCAGUCGUCAGCAACAUCUCUCGCAUCGUCUAGCUCAUUCGCAAGGGUCUUCUCCUCAGCCUCAUCUGCAGCAGCUGCUGGAAGUAUCGCUUAUCAAGGCGGUUUGCUCGCAGCACAAAAUCUCGGAAUCGGCAAUGCCGUCGGCCUCGCCAGUGCUUUGUCCCAAGCUGUCAGUUCGGUUGGUGUCGGAGCAAGUGCAACCGCCUACGCAAAUGCUGUUGCCAAUACAGUUGGCCACUUUUUGGCAAACCAAGGACUUUUAACGCAAGGUAAUGCUUCUGGACUUGCCUUAGCAUUCUCAAACGCUUUCGCCUCCUCAGCCGCAUCGGCAGCAGCAUCUGUCUCUGCAGCAAGCUCAGCCUUCUCGCAAUCAGCAGCCGCCGCACAGUCCACAUCAUCGGCUUUCGCCCAGUCAGCAUCUCAAGCUGCAAGCCAGGCAGGGUCUCGUUCUACAACCACCACUACGUCCACUUCACAGGCAGCUAGCCAAGCCGCGUCCGCCAGUAGUGCUUCAUCUAGAGCAGAAGCCAGUGCAUCCGCUUUCGCUCAGUCGUCAGCAACAUCUCUCGCAUCGUCUAGCUCAUUCGCAAGGGUCUUCUCCUCAGCCUCAUCUGCAGCAGCUGCUGGAAGUAUCGCUUAUCAAGGCGGUUUGCUCGCAGCACAAAAUCUCGGAAUCGGCAAUGCCGUCGCCCUCGCCAGUGCUUUGUCCCAAGCUGUCAGUUCGGUUGGUGUCGGAGCAAGUGCAACCGCCUACGCAAAUGCUGUUGCCAAUACAGUUGGCCACUUUUUGGCAAACCAAGGACUUUUAACGCAAGGUAAUGCUUCUGGACUUGCCUCAGCAUUCUCAAACGCUUUCGCCUCCUCAGCCGCAUCGGCAGCUGCAUCUGUCUCUGCAGCAAGCUCAGCCUUCUCGCAAUCAGCAGCCGCCGCACAGUCCGCAUCGUCGGCUUUCGCCCAGUCAGCAUCUCAAGCUGCCAGCCAGGCAGGGUCUCGUUCUACAACAACCACUACGUCCACUUCGCAGGCAGCUAGCCAAGCCGCGUCCGCCAGUAGCGCUUCAUCUAUAGCAGAAGCCAGUGCAUCCGCUUUCGCUCAGUCGUCAGCAACAUCUCUCGCAUCGUCUAGCUCAUUCGCAAGGGUCUUCUCCUCAGCCUCAUCUGCAGCAGCUGCUGGAAGUAUCGCUUAUCAAGGCGGUUUGCUCGCAGCACAAAACCUCGGAAUCAGCAAUGCCGUCGGCCUCGCCAGUGCUUUGUCCCAAGCUGUCAGUUCGGUUGGUGUCGGAGCAAGUGCAACCGCUUACGCAAACGCUGUUGCCAAUACAGUUGGCCACUUUUUGGCAAACCAAGGACUUUUAACGCAAGGUAAUGCUUCUGGACUUGCCUCAGCAUUCUCAAACGCUUUCGCCUCCUCAGCCGCAUCGGCAGCUGCAUCUGUCUCUGCAGCAAGCUCAGCCUUCUCGCAAUCAGCAGCCGCCGCGCAGUCUGCAUCAUCGGCUUUCGCCCAGUCAGCAUCUCAAGCUGCAAGUCAGGCAGGGUCUCGUUCUACAACCACCACUACGUCCACUUCGCAGGCAGCUAGCCAAGCCGCGUCCGCCAGUAGCGCUUCAUCUAGAGCAGAAGCCAGUGCAUCCGCUUUCGCUCAGUCGUCAGCAACAUCUCUCGCAUCGUCUAGCUCAUUCGUAAGGGUCUUCUCCUCAGCCUCAUCUGCAGCAGCUGCUGGAAGUAUCGCUUAUCAAGGCGGUUUGCUCGCAGCACAAAAUCUCGGAAUCGGCAAUGCCGUCGGCCUCGCCAGUGCUUUGUCCCAAGCUGUCAGUUCGGUUGGUGUCGGAGCAAGUGCAACCGCUUACGCAAAUGCUGUUGCAAAUACAGUUGGACACUUUUUGGCAAACCAAGGACUUUUAACGCAAGGUAAUGCUUCUGGACUUGCCUCAGCAUUCUCAAACGCUUUCGCCUCGUCAGCCGCAUCGGCAGCUGCAUCUGUCUCCGCAGCAAGCUCAGCCUUCUCGCAAUCAGCAGCCGCCGCACAGUCCGCAUCGUCGGCUUUCGCCCAGUCAGCAUCUCAAGCUGCAAGCCAGGCAGGGUCUCGUUCUACAACCACCACUACGUCCACUUCGCAGGCCGCUAGCGAAGCCGCGUCCGCCAGUAGUGCUUCAUCUAGAGCAGAAGCCAGUGCAUCUGCUUUCGCUCAGUCGUCAGCAACAUCUCUCGCAUCGUCUAGCUCAUUCGCAAGGGUCUUCUCCUCAGCCUCGUCUGCAGCAGCUGCUGGAAGUAUCGCUUAUCAAGGCGGUUUGCUCGCAGCACAGAAUCUCGGAAUCGGCAAUGCCGUCGGCCUCGCCAGUGCUUUGUCCCAAGCUGUCAGUUCGGUUGGCGUCGGAUCAAGUGCAACCGCCUACGCAAAUGCUGUUGCCAAUACAGUUGGCCACUUUUUGGCAAACCAAGGACUUUUAACGCAAGGUAAUGCUUCUGGAUUUGCCUCAGCAUUCUCAAACGCUUUCGCCUCGUCAGCCGCAUCGGCAGCUGCAUCUGUCUCUGCAGCAAGCUCAGCCUUCUCGCAAUCAGCAGCCGCCGCACAGUCCGCAUCGUCGGCUUUCGCCCAGUCAGCAUCUCAAGCUUCCAGCCAGGCAGGGUCUCGUUCUACAACCAUCACUACGUCCACUUCGCAGGCAGCUAGCCAAGCCGCGUCCGCCAGUAGUGCUUCAUCUAGGGCAGAAGCCAGUGCAUCCGCUUUCGCUCAGUCGUCAGCAACAUCUCUCGCAUCGUCUAGCUCAUUCGCAAGGGUCUUCUCCUCAGCCUCAUCUGCAGCAACUGCUGGAAGUAUCGCUUAUCAAGGCGGUUUGCUCGCAGCACAAAAUCUCGGAAUCGGCAAUGCCGUCGGCCUCGCCAGUGCUUUGUCCCAAGCUGUCAGUUCGGUUGGUGUCGGAGCAAGUGCAACCGCCUACGCAAAUGCUGUUGCAAAUACAGUUGGCCACUUUUUGGCAAACCAAGGACUUUUAACGCAAGGUAAUGCUUCUGGACUUGCCUCAGCAUUCUCAAACGCUUUCGCCUCCUCAGCCGCAUCGGCAGCUGCAUCUGUCUCUGCAGCAAGCUCAGCCUUCUCGCAAUCAGCAGCCGCCGCGCAGUCUGCAUCAUCGGCUCGCCAGUCAGCAUCUCAAGCUGCAAGUCAGGCAGGGUCUCGUUCUACAACCACCACUACGUCCACUUCGCAGGCAGCUAGCCAAGCCGCGUCCGCCAGUAGCGCUUCAUCUAGAGCAGAAGCCAGUGCAUCCGCUUUCGCUCAGUCGUCAGCAACAUCUCUCGCAUCGUCUAGCUCAUUCGUAAGGGUCUUCUCCUCAGCCUCAUCUGCAGCAGCUGCUGGAAGUAUCGCUUAUCAAGGCGGUUUGCUCGCAGCACAAAAUCUCGGAAUCGGCAAUGCCGUCGGCCUCGCCAGUGCUUUGUCCCAAGCUGUCAGUUCGGUUGGUGUCGGAGCAAGUGCAACCGCUUACGCAAAUGCUGUUGCAAAUACAGUUGGACACUUUUUGGCAAACCAAGGACUUUUAACGCAAGGUAAUGCUUCUGGACUUGCCUCAGCAUUCUCAAACGCUUUCGCCUUUUCAGCCGCAUCGGCAGCUGCAUCUGUCUCUGCAAACUUCUCGCAAUCAGGAGCCGCUGCACAGUCUGCAUCAUCUGCUUUUGCCCAAACGCAAUCCAAUUCUGCAAGCCAUGGACAUUCUGCUUUAACGUCAUCUUUGGAGGAAGCUCACCAUUCCGCUGUUGGUUCUUCAUCCCAUACUUCGGCUUUAGCUUCUUCUUUGGUUUCUGGAAUAACAUCGUCUGGAGGCUCCAUUCUAGAUAUCUCUUCCUUUGCAGACAAUUUAUUAUCUAUAGCAUCUGAAAUUCGAAGAAACUCACCUGGAUUAGAAUCAAAAGAAGUAUUAGUCGAAACAUUGUUAGAUGCUGUGUCAGCUCUUUACCAAAUUCUCUUAAAUGCCCAGAUUUCUUCGCUUAAUAUUCCAGUGACAUUUGAUGUUAAGAGAGCCCUUGCUAAUGCCCUUUCUGCCUGAAUUUUUUGUUUACUUCAAAAUGCUCUGCAUUUUACAGAACUUUUCCUUAUGCCUUAUAUUGUUCUUUAUUCAACACGGUGAAUACAAUUGUUUCGUUUCUCUCUACUAGAUAAUUCAAUAAAUUGCUGCAUCUGAAA